AUGCCCGUUUUUAACCGAUCACAUAUAAUUGAACCCGAGGAUCCGAGGCAAGUCCAACCCCCUUUGUCCCAUGCCUUUGAUGAGGUUUCUUGUCCUGGCUCACGGGUUAGUUUUAAGUCAAAAGCGUCAUCUAGUUUAAAUUCUGCGAAGAAUGUGCUUCUACUAGCCCAGCUGACGGAAAAACAGCUAAUCGAAGAAAUUCGAUUAGAGAAUGAGCACCGUCUUUUGAAGGCGAGAAAUGAGGUUCAGAUGGCACGAAUGAAUUUCGAACUUUUAGAACAAGAUGAAGUUUGUGAUCCUGUCAGAGCGGAUGUAGUUAAUCAGUCAGAGAAGAUCUAA